AUGAGUGAUAAACUGCGGCGCUCCUUACCAAGGACUGCUCGGUUCUCUCGAUCUCACUACUCUAGUACUUCAAUAACUGACUUUCAGCCAGUAGGCGCGGACAUAACAUUGACUGUCUCUACGGGGAUUUCGUCUACUCGGUUUAGCCAAGGCGCCACCAUAGAUAAUACUCAUCAUAGGGAGCCUGAUAGGCCGCUUGACAUGGUGUUUGACCUUCAAUCACGUCUACAACGUUUAGAGAUCGAAAGGGAAAGUCUGAACCAGAGUAUCCGACAACUAAACCGUGAAAAUCUUGCACUCUCUGGUAGAGUUCAGGUUUUGGAAGCAGCCAAAUCCACCCGGGGAGUAGGAGGAGAGGAAUUAAGCAACGAAGAUCUCAGUAUGCAUACCCUCUUUCAACCUAUUGGAAAGGACAAAAGGUGUCCAGACACGCAAGCACAAAUGCUAACUAGCGGUGUUACAGAUAUACGUGACCAGGAAGUCACACACGAAAAGACAUGUCGUUUCCAGGACGGAACUGACGUUCUGGAGGCUACAGACCCGUUCACAAGUACGGCAAACCCAGGGGAAUCGGUCGAUCCUACCAGCGGUUCUGUAGGUGAAGCACAUGUGGACUACACCGUAUUAACCCUAGUCGAUGAUCAUGAAGUAGAAGAGCUGAGAAGAAGCUUGGAAGCAUCACGGAUAGGCCGGACAGCCGGCAAAAUCUAUCACAUAUCCAGCACUAAGCACGACAUCUCCAUGCCUCCCCUAUCUCAAGUUCUUGCGAAUAUCAGUGUUGGAGUAGAAAAGGAAGAGUAUCAGUCUUCUGCUAGCGAGGAAGACCUGUCCACAUUACCUCCGAUUAGAAAAUGGGUACGGCGUGGAUUACAGAAAGAUGUCUAA